UGUUCAGCAAAACCAGACAUUAUGGGAGGUUUCAAGAACCUCCUCUUCUUCCUUUUCUGGUUCUUCUUCAUCACUUUCCUCUCUUUCUUCCCUGCAAUUUCAUUCUCUUCUGAUACCUUGAAUUCAACCCAAUCUCUCAAAACCAACGACACACUCUUAUCGGCCAAGCAGACUUUCGUUCUGGGUUUCUUCUCUCUAGAUAAAUCAAGAUACUACCUAGGAAUCUGGUACAAGAACAUUUCAGAUCUUACAGUGGUUUGGGUCGCAAACAGAGACAACCCGCUUGAGGAUUCAAAUGGGUUUCUGAAGAUCGGAAACAAAGGAAACAUGGAGAUUGUGGAUCGAACAGGAAAACCCAUAUGGUCAUCAAACCAAACCAUCUCUGCGAAAAACCCGGUUCUUCAGAUUCUCGAUUCAGGGAAUCUGGUUAUCAGAGAAUCUUCUGUAUCUGCCUCGAAUUCCUUAUGGCAUAGCUUCGAUUACCCCACAGACACGCUCUUGCCAGGCAUGAAGCUUCUUUAUAACUUCGACACAAAAAUAGAGAGGCAUAUAACUUCAUGGAGCUCAAAAGAAGAUCCAUCCACAGGCGUUAUCUCCUUCAAGCUCGAUUUCCAUGGCCUCCCAGAGAUUUUCCUAUGGAACAAUAAGACAAAAUUGUACAGAAGUGGACCUUGGAAUGGUGUAAGAUUUAGUGGGGUUCCGGAAAUGAAAUCAGGGACAGACACGAUCGAGUUCGAUUUCUACGAGGAUGAACACCAAGUAUACUACACAUUCAAAAUUGGAAGCCAUCCAUUGUAUUCCAGACUCACUGUAACCCCAGAUGGUGAGCUUCAACGCUUAACCUGGGUACCAGAUAACCAAGUUUGGACCCAAUUUUGGAUUGCUCCGAAAGACCAAUGCGAUAACUACAAAGAAUGUGGCCCUUAUGGGAUAUGUGAUACAAACGCUUCACCAGUUUGUACUUGCACGAGAGGAUUCAGUCCUAAGAACAUUCAAGCUUGGAAUCUGAGAGAUGGGUCCGAUGGAUGUGUGAGGGACACAAAGUUAGAUUGUGGGACUGAUAAGUUCUUGAAGGUGCAGAACGUGAAGUUGCCGGAUACAACCUCGGUGUUUGUUAAUAAAAGUAUGAAUCUAGUUGAGUGUGCAGGUUUGUGUCAGAAGAAUUGUUCAUGUACAGCUUAUGCGAACAUAUAUAUCACCAAUGGAGGAUCCGGGUGUGUUAUGUGGUCUGAUGAACUCAUAGAUAUGAGGGUUUAUACUGCUGGAGGCCAAGAUCUGUAUGUCAGAUUAGCAGCUUCUGAUGUAGAAUCUGCAGGUGGAUCUAAGAACAAUGUGGAAUCGAAGGCUAUAGGCAUUACAGUUGCCAUAUCUGUUGUACUAGUGGGAUUACUCAUCUAUUUCCUCUGGAAGAGAAGGGAAUUGCAAAGAAUGUUGAAAGGCAGGUCUGAAUCUAGAGGUGGAUUUGAGAGAAGUCAAGAUUCUCUAAAGAAUGAGUCAGUCUUCACAAGUACUAGAGGAAACUCUGGUGAAGAUGAGAUGGAUGAACUCGAGUUGCCAUUGUUUGAUUUUAACACCAUAUCAAUGGCUACAAAUAACUUCUCUGAAGAAAACAAGCUUGGAGAAGGAGGCUUUGGUAGUGUUUACAGGGGUAGAUUAAUGGAAGGCCAAGAAAUUGCGGUGAAAAGGUUAUCCAGAAAUUCUGGGCAAGGAACUGAACAAUUUAAGAAUGAAGUCAGGUUAAUUGCGAGACUUCAACAUCGUAAUCUUGUUCGGUUGUUCGGUUGUUGUGUUGAGAUGGAUGAGAAGAUGCUGGUUUAUGAGUACAUGGAGAAUAGAAGCCUUGAUUCCAUUUUGUUUGAUAAAGCAAGGAGAUCCAUAUUGAAUUGGCAAAAGCGUUUCUACAUCAUAUGUGGAAUUGCAAGAGGACUUCUUUACCUGCAUCAAGAUUCUAGAUUUAGGAUCAUUCAUAGGGAUCUUAAGGCCAGCAAUGUCCUACUCGACGAACAAAUGAACCCAAAGAUAUCAGAUUUUGGGAUGGCAAGAAUAUUUGGAACAAAUCAAACAGAAGCAAAUACAUUGAGAGUUGUCGGGACAUACGGCUACAUGUCUCCAGAGUAUGCCAUGGAUGGACUCUUCUCAAUAAAGUCCGAUGUAUUUAGUUUUGGGGUUCUAGUACUCGAGAUCAUAACUGGCAGGAAGAACAGAGGGUUUUACUACUCAAAUGAUGAAUUGAAUCUUCUUGGACAUGCAUGGAGUCAAUGGAAAGAAGGAAAAGCACUUGAACUCAUCGAUCCAUCGAUUGCAGAUUCAUAUUCGCCAUCCGAAGUGCUUCGAUGCGUGCAGGUUGGGCUCCUGUGUGUUCAAGAGCGCGCGGAAGAUAGACCAACAAUGGCCACUGUGGUAUUGAUGUUGAGUAGUGAAACUGUAUUGAUGCCACAGCCUAAAAGCCCUGGGUUUUGUGUGGGAAGGAACCCUAAUGAAACAGAAACGUCUUCAAGUAAGCAAGACCAAUCAUACAGUGUGAAUGAAGUUACUGUCACAAUGCUGCAUGCUAGGUAGAGAAACAAGCAUAGCCUCACAAAACAGAUUUGUAUACUUCAAAUGAUUUAGCAGAGAACAUGUAAAUUUUCCUGCUUGUAAUAGUUGCGGCGUCUUGAGAUCAUCUUUGAUCUUGUUUUUGGUGUAUAUAUGAGAGAGAUACUUUCACUAAAUAGUGACACUCGAUUCAAGUACCCUAUAACUGGCAUUUGAUUAAUUA